AUGUUGCUAAGACCGCUCAUUCAUAUCUAUGAUGACACGUUGUACUUGAUUCAGAGGAAGAGGUUCGAUAUGGCAAAGGGGUUGACCAGGUUGAUACCGAGUACCUACUGCUGGUGCUAUGCCAUGAGCUUCUGCCUGUUCGCCCUUCAAUUCUUAUACAGAUACGUAGCGGUUUGCAAACCCCAAUACGUCACCUAUUUCACGGGCGGUUACUUCUACUACUGGUUGGCACUUAUCCUGUCACUUGCCACUAGCUGGGGACUCACUGCCGCUUUCAUGUUCCCCCAGACAAAUCGAACCACGGAAAGUUUUCUAUAUGUUAUCAAGAACUCGUAUGAUUUGAAUCCGUAUUGGACGGAUUACGUGGCGUAUAAAUAUUUCGACACCGACGAGAAUCAUGUCCGAUGGGUAAAUGUGCUCAGCUUGUUUGGCGUCUUACAACACGGUCUUGUUAUAAGUCUCAGCUUCGGCACCCUAUUCUACUGUGGUAUCAAGACAUACUUCUACAUUAAGGAGCACGCAGGGAUGUCGGCGAAAACCCGCAAUUUCCAACUUCAGCUUUUCCGGGCGCUUGUGGUGCAGACCUGCCUCUCAAUGUUCAUGAUGUACAUCCCAAUCGGAUUCAUGUUCUCCUGCCCGUAUUUUGACUUACAACUCGGCGCGAUCACUAAUUAUCAGACAGUUAUGGCGCAACUCUAUCCUGGCAUUGAUCCAUUUGUGGUGUUGCUUAUUAUAGAUUCCUACAGGAAGACUAUUCUUUCGAAAUUCUGCCCGCGGUUUAUCUACGCUCGGAGUGAAACAUCUGUGUAUAAUUUAUCCACAAGUAUCAAUUUGGUGAAGGUCAAGCCAUCCCUGACGUCGAGUGUGUUGAUAUUAAACAUAUGA